CCUGUUGCGGGCGGCGCUCCCGGGGCGCGGGCAGCGCUCGCUGAGGGGCUCGGGCCGGGCUCCGGCGGCGCUCGGCGGCUGCGUUACCCGGAGGGGCUGCGGCGCUGUCCCCUUGGCGGGGCUCUGUGUCUGGGCGGUAAAUCCGGCAUAAGCCGGGGAAAAGCCGGCGGGAAGGCGAGGCAGCCCCGGGGGUGUCCGGCCGGGAGCCGCUGGCUCUGUCCUUCUCUGACAGGGGCUGCAGCCGCACAGGACAGCUGCUUAGCACAAGCUGAUUUGCCCUAUAUGACUGUUACAUACUUCAGAAUAACCGUGGCUGACACAGACUGAACACAUGCAUCCAUUUCCAAAAUCUGCCUGAGAAAAUAGAUUAUAUCCGCUGUUUGCCUUUGAUUAAUGAGAUUUCCUUAUGUGGUCAUGUAGAUGUGUUUAUUUCAGCCUUAAAAUUGCUGAUGCAAAUCCUUGCUAUGGCAUCUGUGGCUUCACCAGUUAUAUUUAAGGAAUUUUGUCCCUUGUAUUAUCUCCUCAAUGCCAUUCCUACAAAGAUCCAGAAAGGCUUUCGCUCCAUUGUGGUUUACCUCACAGCACUUGAUACCAAUGGAGACUACAUUGCUGUGGGGAGCAGCAUUGGAAUGCUUUAUCUCUACUGCAGACAUGUAAACCAGAUGAAAAAAUAUAAUUUUGAGGGGAGGUGUGAAUCUAUAACUUUCGUAAAGCUCUUGAGUUGUUUUGAUGAUCUGGUUGCUGUUGGUACAGCCUCAGGUCGGGUUGCAGUUUUCCAGCUUGUGUCUUCAUUACCUGGAAGGAACAAACAGCUUCGCAGAUUUGAUGUUGCUGGCAUCCACAAAAGUAGCAUUACAGCUUUAGCUUGGAGUCCUAAUGGAAUGAAAUUAUUCUCUGGAGAUGACAAAGGAAAAAUUGUCUACUCUGCACUAGACCUAGACCAGGGUAUUUGCAACUCCAGCCUUGUACUGGAAGAGCCGUCUUCGAUUGUGCAGCUGGAUUACAACCAGAAGGUGCUGCUUGUCUCUACUCUACAGCGGACUCUGCUUUUUUACACAGAAGAGAAAUCCGUCAACCAAGUUGGAACACAGCCCAGAAAAAACAGUGGCAAAUUUGGAGCAUGUUUUAUCCCUGGCCUGUGUAAACAGAGUGACUUGACACUAUUUGCUGCCAGACCUGGGCUUCGUCUGUGGAAGUCUGAUGUUCAUGGGACUGUUCAGGCCACAUUCAUAUUGAAAGAUGUAUUUGCUGGAGGAAUAAAAACUUUUGAACUGUAUCCUCGUUUAGAACCACCUGACAGAGGAAGUUACAGCUCUCCAGAGAAACACCUUGGGCUUGUGUCAUGCUUUUUCCAAGAAGGAUGGGUGCUGACCUGGAACGAAUACAGCAUCUAUUUACUGGACACUGUGAACCAGGCUUUGAUUGGUGGUUUGGAAGGAUAUGGUGAUAUUGUGUCUGUGUCCUGUACCAACAACGAGAUUUUUCUCUUAAAGGGAGAUAGAGACAUAAUACGAAUUUCAAAUAGACCUGAAGGACUGUCAUCAAUAGAUGUGAAUUCAAAAUUGUCAAAUCCUUUAACAGAUACGAGCCCUAAAUUGCUGACCCCGUCAUCAGUAGUUUCAUCUGUAUCAUCCAGCCCUUCAGUGGAAACAGAAAAAAAACCAGUUACUUCCCCUUCACUCACUGGUGAUAAAAAUGGCACUUCUUUGGUGAAAGAUGAUCUGGAAACUCCAACACUAUCAGAGCAAAGCUUUGACAGAGUGGGAGACUUGAGCAGUGAAGCCAGGAAGAGGGGCUGCUCUGUAGUGAGUGAAUCACGAAGCAGGAGCAGCUCUGUGAACUCUGUGGACAGUGGCUCGAGCUUCAUGAUGUGUGCAGACCAACUUCCAGAAGCUCAGAGAGAAGGUCAGCUUCCUUCACAGCGGUUCAGCACCAUCAGCUCUGAAGAUUUUGACCAAGAACUUAUUGUAAAGCCAAUUAAGGUGAAAAAGAAAAAAAAGAAGAGACAGGAAAGUGGCACAAGGAGAAACCACAGCUCUCUGGAAGGCACACCAAUUUAUGAGCGUCAGCUUUCUGGUGACAGUCCACAUUCCUUGAAUGCAGACUCCUUUUCCAUGACUUCUAGCAUAAUGAGUGGCAGCAUUGAUCAUUUGAGUACUGGAUCUCCAGAUCAGGAAAGCAUGUUCAGCAUGGAGUCCCAUACCAUCUUGCAAGAAGAUAACGGUUCAGAAACUUUCAGUGUCCUGCAGUCUCCUGAGUCAGCAAAUGUACUAAUUAAUGAAGAGAAUGGAGAUGUGGCUGAUUUACAGAAACUUCCAAACAGUGACAGUGGCAUGGGUACUUCAGCUAUUAUAGAUACUUUGACAUCUGCAUCUCCUCUGAUGCUCACAGAAGACUUGGCAAGCAGUGUUGGUGGUGAAUGUAAUGGUGGUGUGGUUUCUACAAGCAAUGAAUGCUGUCCUGGAAAGCUGAGCCAGGAGGAGGAGGAGCAGCAGGAUUUUCCUGCCUUGUGUAAAAUAGAUGAAGACUUGGAUAAAAUGAAGCUGCAAGAUACUGAAAAAUCUUCUGAAGAUCCAGACCUUACAGACCAGAUAUUUUUGGAAUGUGACAGUAUACUUGGUGUCCAGACAUCUCUGACACCAAAGGAAAGUGAUGAAACUGGUGAGGAAGACCAACAGCAGCUGUCUCUAAUCCACAGUGCUCUGUCAGACCCUUCUGCACUCCAGUGUGAUGUCUCUGACAAUGUUCAUUCAGACAACUCUUCCAUUUCUGGGUGGAAUUUUGAAAGUGCAAUCAAAGCUAAAUGUAGUACUAGCGCUGCUGAAAGGGUAGCAGACACUCAUGAAAGUAAGACUGAAAAAUCUGCCUCAAGUGAUGAAGAGGAUAUUUAUGGACAUGGAUUACCAUAUUCAUCCUCUGAGACCAGCAUGCCUGAAGUUGGUGCUGUGCCUGGAGCACAGGAUGUAGCCAAGAUAAGCCUAGAUGAAAUGGUGCUGUUAAAAUCUGAUCAGUUUGCAGAGAGCUGGAUGGGUUACUCUGGCCCUGGAUAUGGCAUCCUGAGCCUGGUUGUCUCAGAAAAAUACAUUUGGUGCCUGGACUACCGAGGCAGCCUGUACUGCAGCGCCCUUCCUGCCGCCGGCCUGCGCUGGCAGAAGUUUGAGGAUGGAGUCCAGCAAGUGGCAGUUUCCCCCUCAGGGGCUCUUCUCUGGAAGAUUGAACAGAAGACUAACAAAGCUUUUGCUUGUGGAAAAGUAACUAUAAAAGGAAAACGGCACUGGUAUGAGGCCUUACCCCAGGCUGUAUUUGUAGCUCUAAGUGAUGACACUGCCUGGAUUAUCAGAACAAAUGGAGAUCUGUAUCUGCAAACAGGCCUGAGUGUGGACCGUCCUUGUGCCCGAGCAGUAAAGGUUGACUGCCCUUAUCCACUGUCACAGGUCACAUCCAGGAAUAAUGUGGUGUGGGCUCUGAGCGAGCAGCGGGCCCUGCUCUACCGCGAGGGAGUGCGCAGCUUCUGUCCCGAGGGAGAGCAGUGGAAGAGUGACAUUGUCAGUGAAAUGCAAGCUUUGGAACCAGUGUGCAUAACCCUUGGUGAUCAGCAGACGUUAUGGGCUUUGGAUAUCCAUGGCAAUCUCUGGUUCAGGACUGGUAUAGUUUCAAAGAAACCACAAGGAGAUGAUAACCAUUGGUGGCAAGUAAGCAUCACUGAUUAUGUAGUGUUUGACCAGUGCAGCCUGUUCCAGACCAUAAUCCAGGCAACUCACACGGUGGCAACAGCAGCUCAGGCGCCUGUGGAGAAGGUGGCUGACAAGCUUCGAAUGGCAUUUUGGUCACAGCAGCUUCAGUGUCAGCCCAGCCUCCUCGGGGUCAAUGGCAGUGGGGUCUGGAUCUCUUCAGGCAAAAAUGAGUUCCAUGUAGCAAAGGGAAACUUAGUAGGCACAUACUGGAAUAAUAUUGUGCCUCGUGGUACUGCUUCUGCCACAAAAUGGAUUUUUGUGUUGGCUUCCCCAGCUUCAUCUAAAGAAGGAAGCUUUUUGUGGCUGUGCCAAAGCAACAAGGAUCUGUUUUGUGUCAGUGAUCAGAAUCCUCAUUUUCGUCCUUCUACGGUGCAGCUGCCACCAGAGGCUGAAAUGGUGCACUACUCUGCCUGCCAGGAUGCCAUCUGGGGCUUGGAUAGUCUUGGGCAGAUAUUUAUCAGAACACUUUCCUCCAGCUGCCCAACAGGGAUGCAUUGGACAAAACUGGAUCUCUCCCAACUAGGUGGUGUAAAGCUGAUCAGCUUGACCUGUGGAAAUCAGCAUGUUUGGGCCUGUGACACCAAUGGUGGCAUUUAUUUCCGUGUAGGAACUCAACCUCUUAACCCAAGUUUGAUGCUUCCUGCGUGGAUAAUGAUUGAGCCACCUAUACAGGUCUGCAGGCCUGCCAGCUGGCUCUGAGUGCCAGGACAGUGUGGGCACGCUGCCCCAACGGGGACAUCGCUCGCCGGUACGGCGUCACUGACAAGAAUCCUGCAGGAGACUACUGGAAAAAGAUUCCUGGGAAUGUCUCACGUUUAACAGUGACCCCUCUAGAUGAACUGUGGGCAAUCAGUACUUCAGGAUCUCUGCUCCAGCGCCUCACUAAGACCUUUAGCCAUUCCCAUAGUUUGCAGAAAAAUAAUGAAACCUCUGUUCUGCUUCACCCUGAUGAUUUGGAAGAUGAAUGGGAAGUGAUAUGAAGUCUGUCAAGCUUGUGAAGCAGUGAAAAAAACAGGAGGACAGAAUUUCUGUAAUGUAUGUACAGAAUAUUGGAUCUAAGAGCCACUCAUAUUGGACCUGUGAUAUUAGCACUUUUGUACUGAAAACUGACCUGUUAAAUAGCCCCCAAGCUGUGAGUUCUAAUGUUUGUUACAUAAUCUUUUGGGAGACUCUUUAAGUGUGGCAUACUGCAAUUGUUAUACCGUACUACUGUAAAAGCUCCUUUGGAAAUAUAACUUUUAAAUUAACCUUACUAGCAAUGAAAGUGAGUACUUCACAACAGCAUGCAACUAAUGUACUGAUUUUGAGAAGGAAUUCUGUUGCAUUAAAUAUUUCUCUACAGUGGAAACAUUGAGCAUUUCUCAAUUUCUUCUUGCAUUUGGAACUCCAUACCAUACUGAUGGGAUCACUCCCUGACUUUUGUACAUAUAUUUAGAAUUAUUUUUCCUUGCAGCAUGGAAGAAAAUAUGAUGAAGUAUUUCUUAGUAAGAUCUGAGAACAUCAUGAUUACACAGUAUUGUUAGAAUGAACUUAGUUUGAUCCAUUUCCAUAUAAAUAAUUGUGAGGCUAUACUAACCUUCCAUUUCCAGAAAUUUUUGUUCAUAAUUUGGCUUCAUUCACAAGGUAGAGGUUUGGAUUACACCUAAUAUCAGGGGGACUUUUGCCCAUUUCCAUAGCCAUCAGGAAGCUGACAGAUUUUUGGGGGUGAGUCCCAGUUUGGAAUAAGAAGAGGUCUCUUGUUGAGUUUGUAGUACAAAGCAGGAAUGUACAAGGCAGUUUUCAUAAUUCCUGUUGUGCUGUAUUUGUGCCUCCAGCCAGUGCUUUAACAUUUGGACUCAUAUUGUUUUGAGUACCAAACUUAGAUCCAUUAAGAAUAAAAUGGUAAUUGAUAGAAUUACCUAUAUAUCCCAUUAAAAAUCGUGAUAUUGUAAGAAAAUACUUAACAAUAUUCUGAUUUUUAGCUAUGUUAGCUAAAUUCUGAAGUGUCUUAUACUUAACAGAUGUUGCAACAGGAAUAUGUGAUGAACUGGGAAGUAACCUAAGUUAAUCAUUGCAGUUUAUUUUUCUUUAUACUAAAUCUUCUUUGAAAGAUACCUCAUCUUUUUUAAGCAAUAGAACUAUAGAUGAGAGAACCUGAGUUCAGUAUGUGGGCGGAGGAGUUAUUUUGUGUUUGUUCUAAGCUUAUAAAUCAUCAGAAUGUUUUAAGCAGCUGCUAACCAAUACUGUAAAAGAGCCAGCUUCAGGAAAGGCCAAGAGUUGAAAAGUGGGGAUGUUUCUGUUUUCAGGAUUUAACACAAAUGGAAAAGGAUGUUUUCUUUUUAACCUCUGUUCUCUUCCAGAAUAGUUCAUGCGUGUACUGCACUAAACUUGGAACAAACAUGGUGCAAGGUGAGAAUGUGAACUGGGGAGAGAGAAGUUAUAUUUUUUUUUUUAGUAGCACUUGUGGCGUCGGCUGUCAGUUCUCAGAUGAAUCUCAGUCCUACAGGAAGGACAGAUUUAAUUCCCUUUUACAGAUUGUUUGCUUCUUUGCUGUCUCAUCUCUAUACAGAGCUUACCCCAGAGGGAUUCUUUUAGCCUGUCUGGAAGUGGAUGGUAAUGGAAUCAGCUUGUGAAGUAACCCAGUCUGUUUUAUGCAAGCAUAGCUUGGUGUCUUGAGGACCCCAAAGAAGCUGAAAUUCAGCUAAAAAGUAUCUUAUGGCAACUCCUGAGUCAAUCACUUUGGAGAAAGGACAUGAGACAGAACAACUUCUCUGUGCCCUCCAAGCACCAGAUGCUCAAGUACAAUGGCAUUAUUUAAUAGUAACACUUUUGUACUGCAUUUUUCAAAGUCAUCUUAGUAAUGGUUUGAGCUUGCUAGUUGUUUAUUUACUGUAUAAUACUGUUCCUUGCUAUGGUCGUUAAUAUUCGAUUGGUGUCAAGAGCUCUUACAGACUACUUUUUAGGGUAGUUUCAACAAAAUUAGGAUGGCGGUUUUUUUACUUUUAUUUCUGUAUUUAGUUUUUUGGUUUUGUUUGUGCUUUAAGACAAAGUGCAAUAAAUUAGAUUUUUAAGAAAUAAA